AAAUUCCAUCGAAGAACUAUAUCUGGACUUGAAGUUACAAGAAGUAUCGAAAACUAUAAAAUUAUUAUUUAAAGGUUUUAACCGAAUUUGAGCCUCGUCUGCUACCACGGCAUAGAAAAGGACAUCAAACUAUUGAGUAUCAAGUACCAACGGAGGUAGAAGAAGGAAAUCGUGAGUGUACCGGAAAGGAAGGACUUUUGUAUUGGCAAGUGCACUGUUGACGUAAAUACGUAACUUAAGCAAAAGGUUGAAGUGUACGAGGAAACACGACGGCGUCGACGACCUGUAGCAAAACACCUGCUUUACUUAAAACGAGAGACGGGGACACGGUGACGGCGGGGGCGGCCAUACUCAAACAACCGCCGAGCGAAGUGCGCGGCACAGCGCAGAAAUGAGACGAUAAUAAAUCGUAUUAUAUUGUUCAUAAACCUGGGGAAGAGGUAACGGGUGUAAGUAUCACCAUUGAUACGUUGGAUAAAGAAUUACGAGUAAAAGUGAAAACAGAAGUGUGGAAAGUAUAGAAGAAAGAGAGGAAAGCGGCCCGUCGAAUCGAGGCGCAGGGGACGGUAUGAGUACAAAGACGGACGUGAACAGGCGGGUCCUAGCGAUUCAAGCUAAAAAAAAGAGGCACAAGCCAAGCAAGCGAAAAGGGAAGGGAAAUUCUCAGGGCGAAUCAGAUACAUCAGGUGCUCAGUGCUCAAAAGCACCGGCUGCUCGACAAGGACAAGGAUCGGGUUUCUAUCAGGAUGCUUCGGCACAGAGACCAUAUUCCAGCGAUAAUGGAAACAGCUCAAGUAAUGAAACAAUAGAGGACGAUGAUGAAGUAUAUAGUAGCGAAGACGAGGAGCAGGAAGAUAGCAGCGAUUAUUGUAAAGGAGGAUACCAUCCUGUCAAAAUAGGAGAUUUAUUCUUAAAUCGUUACCAUGUAACUCGUAAACUUGGUUGGGGUCACUUUUCAACAGUAUGGCUCUGCUGGGACUUACAGGAUAAACGAUUUGUGGCACUUAAAGUGGUCAAAUCUGCAUCUCAUUUUACUGAAACUGCAUUGGAUGAAAUUAAAUUAUUAAAAGAUGUGCGCGAUACAGAUCCUAGCGAUCCUAAGCGCAAUAAAACCGUCCAGUUGCUCAAUGACUUCAAGAUCAGCGGUAUUAAUGGUCUGCAUGUUUGCAUGGUAUUUGAAGUGCUUGGACAUAAUCUUCUUAAAUUGAUCAUCAAAUCCAACUAUAGAGGAAUUCCAAGAAACAAUGUUAAACGUAUCAUCAGACAAGUUCUUGAAGGUCUUGAUUAUCUUCAUAAUAAAUGUAAAAUUAUUCAUACAGAUAUUAAACCCGAAAAUGUUCUUAUUUGUGUCGAUGAAGCUUAUAUAAGAAAGUUGGCUUGCGAAGCUACCGAAUUGCAUUCUCUUGGAAUGAAAUUACCGGUAUCUUUAAUUUCGACUGCACCAAAGGAAUUUCAAGAGCCCACUCCAAAUUCUAAGAUGUCAAAGAAUAAGAAGAAGAAGCUCAAAAAGAAAGCUAAACGACAAAACGAAUUGUUGAAAAAACAAAUGGAACAAAUUGAAGAACUUGAGGAGCAAAAUAAACUAGCGAAUAGCACAAGAGAAAACGGUGAAUUAGAAACAAAUAGUCCGGAUCAAGAUAUAAAUACAGAAAGUAUAGAAGAUAAUACUGAAAGCAAAGGUUCACCGGAUAUUUCAGAACCGUCUGCACCUUCAUUGCAUAUAAAUGGUGUAGAUAGUUUAGCAGGUGGAGAGAAAGUAGAAAAUCAAUUACCUCAACAAUCUGAAAAGAUGGAUAAUGCAAACUUAUGUGAUGUAGAAAAGAGUUGUGGAGAAGGAGCAUUAUCACCCGAUCAUGAAGAUGCAGACGAAUGUAGUCGUAAUUUACAUCCACCUGAAAGUAAACAAUUAAAACGAGCAUCCGUAGCUCCUUUAGAUCCUGCCUUAGUGGAAUGUGAUGUCGAAGUAAAAAUAGCAGACCUUGGUAACGCGUGUUGGGUGAACAAAAAAUUUACAGACGAUAUUCAGACACGUCAAUACAGAUCGUUAGAAGUGUUACUAGGAUCUGGAUACGAUACAUCUGCGGAUAUAUGGUCCACUGCCUGUAUGGCAUUCGAAUUAGCAACUGGUGAUUAUCUCUUUGAACCACAUAGUGGCAAUUAUUAUUGCAGAGACGAAGAUCACUUAGCUCAUAUUAUAGAAUUACUUGGAGAAAUACCUAGGCACAUUGCUCUUUCUGGUAAAAACUCGAAAGCGUAUUUCAAUAAGAAAGGAGAAUUGAAACGUAUUACUGGAUUGAAACCUUGGGGACUGUACGAUGUGCUUACGGAAAAAUAUGAUUGGUCACCAAGAGAAGCACGUGAGUUUGAAGAGUUCCUAACUCCGAUGCUCGAGUUUGACCCGAGUAUGCGAGCUACAGCAGCAGAGUGCCUGAAGCAUCCGUGGCUGCAAAUCAAAAAGUGGAGACGCAUACGAAAAGGAUAUUUACGAAUUAAGUUAUAUAUAUUAAAUGGGAACUGCAUACGUUUCUUCUUGAUGAAGGAGAGGCAAUGAUGAUUUGAAAAUCGUUUUACAAUUUUUAAUUAAAUUAUAUUGAUUGUCGUUGAACGAAUUUCGUAAGUAAAUAUGAUUUUGAUACAAUUUAGUGGUCCAUCGCAUCAUUUGAUAGAAAUUCAUUUUAAAUGUUUAAAAGAAAGUGUAUCGAAGGGGGAAACGUUAGCUUUCACGAUGUGUAGAGAACACACAACGACCAAAAUCAUAAAGAGACGUUUGAUCUUAUUUCAUCUAUAUCUGUAUCCUUAACUAGAGAAACCUCUCUUCUACCCUUGCUGUGAUUCAUGAGAAUCUUCAAGUAUGUGACACUAUGUCGUCUUAUGAAUUUAAAACAAAUUCUCUUCGUUUCGAAGUAAUACUCGUCUUAACGUGUGUGUUUCUUUUUUUUUUCCUUACAAAUCAUGCGAUCCCACUAUAGUUACAACCUUGGGACUGAUAUGAUAGCAAUCCUGUUGAAUUUGUACAGUAUAACAACUGAAGUUAAUUAAUAGAUAUGUAUGUAUAUUAUGUAUAACCGGUAUUAUCCAGUGAAAUGCGGCCAAUGAAAUGCGAAUGAUACGAGUGCAUCAAUUAAGGCAUAAAAGGGAAUGUAUUCUUCAAGUUAAACACAUCUCUAGUUUCUACCGUCCUUAACGCUGAUUGAUCACCGAUCGCCAUGCGAUUGUACGUUAACAAUAAAAAUCAAUGUUUUAACGAGAGAGUGUAUAAUAAGAUGUUGACAUUGCUGGACGAAGAGCAUCACUGUGUAAAACUUUUAACGGUACAAGUAUUCUCUUCUAUAACAAAAUGGAUGGAUCGGUUUCUUUAACAGCGGUUUAACGAAUUCAAAGGACGUGUGAUUUUUCAUCGUGUAGCCGCACAUGUAUAAAUAUACCGAAAAACACACAAACAUAUACAUAUUAUACAUAGAAAUAAAUUGAAUGACAGUUUACGUAGGUGUGAUUCGCUGCUUGGCGCUAGGAUAGUUAGGAUGAAAUUAACAAACAUUAAUAGUAAAAAACAACAAAUGUGUAUAGCUUGAUGUACGAGAAUCUCCCAUUUCCCUCUGAAGUUCGAGCAAGUCAUUGUAUUCAUAUUAAAAACGUUUUAAGGCUCGACGCGUAUUGUUUCUCUCUGAAUAAUAAGAGGGUGAUAUCUAUGCGUAUAGAAUUUAAAAACCAGUGGAGAGUUGAGCGAAGUCGAGAAUACUGUAUCGACAGGGACCCAAAUUUGAAACUUCUUCAGAGAUCUAUAUUCCAAUUGAUAGGUCUGAACAAUGAACGGUGUAAUUGGGAUCAUCAACAAUGGAGGAGGUUCAUUUUAAUUUCUCCAAUAGAAUUGGGUCUUUGAGAAAGCUUCGUUGCCGUUUCUUCUCUGUCAGUCUACUCUCGUUCAAGCGAAACAUUGAAAGAUAGCGUGCUACAAAUUUAAUGAGAGAAAUUGUUAACGCACCGAGGAAGAACAAGUGAUAAUCAGUACCAAGGAAGCGCGCGUAGAGAUACUGGAAUCACUAGAAAAUACAAUGUGUGUGAUUUUUGUAAUAUUACAACGUUAAAAAAAAAAAUAAACGAGGGUUUUGUCGAACGGAUGAAACGAAGAAGAUAAAAAUCAGACGUUUCAUAAGAGGAAAAAUAAUAAUAAUAAUAAAAAAGAAGAGAACAAAUGGUUUCAAGUGAACCCCAAAUUGUAUUAUGUAAAUUGUGACGUGUAUGACACGCAUCUAUGCGAUAUAAUGUAAAUAUUGAAAUGUAAUUGGGGGUUUUACACAUUUUUAGACCGAACGCGUCUGCAUUAUAAACCGAUAACGUUAGGAAGUGCUGAGAAAACCCAGUCCCAAUGGAUUAUAUUGUGACCUGUAAACGACUACUUUAACCGAAUUAUAAUCCCUUGGAACUUUUUCUGUAAUAAAUGGGUGAAAAAUCGAGGUACGACGUAUUGUAAUCUUACGGAUCGGUAUGUAUAGUCAUACUGGUCAUAGCGUUUGUAGAAUCAUUUAACUCUGCAUGCUUAGCCGAUUGCUCGAUGUUGUACAUACACACGUGUACCGUACUGAGCAACAUUAAUAAGAAUAUAAACUGUAUCGAUAAAAAUUGCAUAUAGAGAUGCUCGUGAUAUACGAUCAUUUUUAGAAAUUUAUUGGAUGAUCAUCCAGUGCGUGAAUAAUAUUUGAGCAGAUAAUACGUAUAAUUUACAUUGACUGGAGCAUCGACAUAAAAAAACAAACAAACAAACGGGAGGCAAGUGUGGAUUUCCAUGCUAUUAGACAAUACUUUAAUGUUAUAGCGAGGAUAAUAUCCUUUAUUAAAGUUGACUUCAAAUAAAAUGUGCCCCAUGUAUAAGGAAAUAAUCUUGCGCGUUUAUUAGAUUUCAAUCGCACCGAAGAAAAAAAAAAAAAAAGAAAGAAACAUUUCACAUUUGGUUCAAACUUAACGUGAAAUUCAUUACGGUGUUUCCUGUAUUUAAUAUAUUUUUGCAUCGAACAAGAAACAACUUAUCAUAGAAUCAAAACGCGUACGUUUUUUCUAUGUACGUCCAUGUCGUACCAUUGCACUUGGCGAUUGGAAAGGAAAUACCGUAAAAGAAGGAUCAACCGUAGCAAGUGCAUUUAAAAGGAAAUUUACAUAAUCUUUCAGAAACAUGCCUCAUGCUCCAGUCACUCGAUGUACGACCAGAUGAGGCAUAAAAAAAUCGUAGAACAUAAUAAAGUAGCGAUAACGAAUCGAAUAAAUAAACGGAUUUGAUGUUUAGACGCUGCCUCCGUUAUGUGCCCUGCCUCAAAAGAAUAAGAUAAUGUACCCACCUCCCGAGAUCGGUAUAUGAUAUUAAAAAUAAAUUCACAUUAAAAUAAUA